AUGGAAUUGAGAUGUGAUGAAAAUGAUAUAUGGACCGGGAAAGCAAAGGAUCCCAGUGUUCCACGUGCGACAUAUGGCACAGCACAGAAGAUGCGUGCCGCCAUAAGUCACAAAUUUGGCAGAGACUACCAGCUUGGAACGCAGCCGUGGUUGGAGCACCCAGCCGUGCUAGGGAAAUUCAUUGGAAACCCGUCACUUUCAGUGACCAUUUCACAGUACAUGGUCAGUCUUCGUCGACGAAAGAUACGAGCAGGUGAAGCAGUAAUGAGUGCUCGUGCCAUGGAUGAACCUACCAUGAAGAGGCUCUGGGAGUUUGCAUGGUCCACGGACCGAAAGGAAUUUGGCCCGAUCUCGCGCAAACGAAAGGCAGAAAACCCAUCUGAAUGGGCUGGAUUUUUGCUCCGCAUGAUGCUCUAUUUACUCUACCUUCUCUCCAUGCUUUGCCUGCUCCGCUACGACGAGGCUUUACGGAUCACCUGGGCUGAUGUCACAUUCCAGGUUCAAGACUUACUGAUAAAAAACCACUGGCUUGACGCAACUCCCGAACUUUUCACCUCUCAAGUCAGGUACCAACCCACACAGUUCCGAGUGAAGCUAGAAUUGCCCUUUCGAAAGACACAUCAGUAUGGAGGCAUAGCCCCAUUCUACAUAUAUGCUGAUCCUGACCGGCCAUGGAUGUGCUUGCUGCGAGCAUUUGCUAUCUGGUGGCUGUUAGCACAUGAGAGACACGAAGACCUCAAUGGGUUCAUCUUUCGCAAAAAGAUUGGUGUAGAUGGCAUCAGCGUGAGCCCAACAGAUUGCAUGACCUCAGACUCCUUUCUCGAAUGCUUCCGAAAUAAUCUCCUCGACAUUAGUGUUGAUCCGCGUCCAUAUGGUACCCACUCGUUUUGUCGGGGCGGGUGUCAGUUUCUGCACACAGUGCGAGGCUGGUCGUUUCGGAAGAUAUGUGACUGGGGUGGGUGGGCCGAGAAUUUCGACAACCCUGGUACCAUAUUCAAGUACCUCUUAUCUUGGAAUGACAAUCCAGCAGAGGCUCGCGAACACUACAUGAAUCCAAACAGACCAGGGUGUGACCCCUGCUAUAGCUGCGGAAGAACUUGUCAUUGUGGUUAA